AUGUCUCAUCGCAAGAAAAGCUCCAAGAAUGCAGAUAUUGAAGUCACUGCUUCUCUUCAAGAUCUUCAAACCGAUGAGGAAAGACGCAUCCUCGACACUGUCGCACAGGUCAGAAAAUGCGGACUUGAGAGCAUUCUCUCACUUCCACAACUUGUCGUAUGUGGUGACCAGUCUGCUGGAAAGAGUUCUGUCCUCGAAGCUUUGACGGAGAUUCCGUUCCCGCGCAAUGACAACCUUUGCACUAGAUUUGCCACGGAAAUUAUCCUUCGUCGUGCCGUCAAUAACUCACUCACGGUAAAGAUCAUUCCUGAUACUCAGCGACCUGCUCAUGAACAAGAAACGAUCAAGAGCUUCGAGGAGACAAUUACGGACUUUGAUGAGUUGCCAGAAAUCAUGGAAAUGGCUAUGAGAGCCAUGGGUAUGAAGGAGAACAGAGCCGCGAAUCCUUCUCUGGGAGCGUUCGCACGGGACGUCUUGAGCAUUGAAAUCGAAGGACCGACUCGACCUCAACUCACUCUUGUUGAUAUCCCUGGACUCAUCGCAAAUGUUACCAAGGGCGUGACUGCUGCUGAUGUCAAGAUGGUAGCUGAUAUCACUGACCACUACAUCUCCCAACCCCGAACCAUAUGUCUUGCGGUCAUCUCAGCAACUAACGAUCAUGCUAAUCAACCAAUCCUUACCAAGGUCAGAAGAUACGAUCCCGAGGGAAGCCGGACACUUGGCAUUAUCACCAAGCCCGAUAGACUCCCAGCCGGCUCCGGCAGCGAGAAAGCAUUCAUCUCUCUUGCACAAAAUGAAGACGUCUUCUUCAAGUUAGGCUGGCAUGUACUGAAGAAUCGUGCUUUCGAAGACGGCGACAAUUCCUUGAAUGAGCGAAAUUCCUCCGAGUCGAGAUUCUUUAGGAAGUCCAACUUCAAUCAAUUGCCAGCAGAGUGUGUUGGAAUUGCUACCCUCAGAAGUCGCUUAAGUGUACUCCUCUUCGAGCAUAUCAAGGCAGAGCUUCCAAAACUUCGUCGAGAUCUCCAAGAUGCACUAGAUGAUGCGCAGGGACAACUCAGCAUGAUGGGGAACCGCCGCUCUACUGCUGCGGACUGCAAGGCAUAUCUCAUGCAACUGAGUCUCGAUGUUCACGAGAUUGCGAAGGCUGCUGUUGACGGACAUUACGAAGGCGCAUACUUCCACAAGACUCCCGGCCUCGUAGACUUCCUUACGGACGACAAUCCAAUUUCGAACUCGCGUAUUCGGGCUGUCGUUCAACGUUGCAAUACGCAAUUUGCAGAAGGCUUUUGUAAAGUCGCACAUAAGUAUCACUUCACCCUUGGAUAUGACGGGAUGCAACCGCUGGACCCAAAUGUGGCAGCAUAUGCUGAUCUUGCUGCCCCUCCUGUCGAGAUGUCGAAGAAGUCUGCCUUGAAAUGGAUUACCACUGUUCUGGCCCGAACUCGUGGUCGUGAGUUGGUUGGCAAUUACAACCCGCUUCUGAUCGGUGAAUUGUUCUGGGAGCAAUCAUUCAAAUGGAAGACGAUUGCUACUGAUCACAUUGAAGAGGUUGCUUCCCACUGCUCUCAGUUCUUGAAGACUCUCAUUCACGAGAAGUGUCCCAUGGACGUCGAAUCUCGACUAUGGGAUAGCAAGAUCAAUGAUGUUCUCCGUGAGCGUCGUGAGACCGCAGGCCAAGAGCUUCUUACUAUCAUGGAGGAGAUCAAUGCUUAUCCAAUAAACUACAACCACUACUAUACUGAUACCAUUAGGGCCAGACGACAGACCAGGCACCGAACUGCACUUGCAGAGACUGUCAGAGAUGCCACCAAGACCACGUUGGUCCCUCAACAAUUUCGACCAGGAGUGGCCCAACAAGAGACCACUUCAACAGUUGAUAUUGAGAAGGUCCAGCAAAAGACAUUCAUUGCCAACGUCACUACGCAAAUAGUCGAACGCCACAUCAUUCGUGGUCUAGAAAAGAUCUUCUCUCCAGUCGUGGUCAAUGCAAUGACCGAAGCUGAAGCCGAAGCUGUUGCCUCGGAGCCACUUUCGUCCAAGCGCCAGAGAGAGUUCUUGGAGGAUCGCAUUAGAAAGUUGAAGGAUGGCCACGAGAUUUUCCGAGGCGUUAUGGGUGGGAGAUGA